AUCGCCGGAGUUGGUGUAGGGUCUGCUCUAAUGUUUGCUCCGCUUUACUCCGCCGAGAUAGCCUCUGCUUCACACAGAGGCUUUCUCACUUCGCUCCCUGAGCUUUGUAUUAGUCUAGGGAUCUUACUAGGCUAUGUCUCGAAUUACUGUUUCGGGAAACUGGCGUUGAAACUCGGCUGGAGAUUGAUGCUUGGAAUCGCAGCGAUUCCUUCAGUGAUAUUAGCGUUUGGGAUUUUGAAAAUGCCUGAAUCUCCGAGGUGGCUUGUGAUGCAAGGUAGGUUAGAAGAUGCCAAGAAAAUCAUGGUUUUGAUAUCCAACACCGAAGAGGAAGCUGAAGAACGCUUCAGAGACAUUUUAGCGGCCGCAGAGUUAGAGGAAGAUAGAGCGGUUGGCAGCGAUGUAUGGAGAGAACUGGUGAUAAACCCUAGACCCGCGGUGCGUUUGAUCUUGAUCGCGGCCGUGGGGAUACAUUUUUUCGAGCACGCGACUGGGAUCGAAGCCGUCGUUUUGUACAGCCCGAAGAUCUUUCAGAAAGCUGGAGUGACUUCAAAGGACAAGCUAUUACUAGCCACGGUCGGUGUAGGUUUAACUAAGGCUGUUUUUAUAGUAAUAGCUACUUUCUUGCUGGACAAGGUAGGUCGGAGAAAGCUUCUGUUGACGAGUACGGGUGGUAUGGUCUUUGCGUCGACCAGUUUGGCAAUUGGUCUCACGAUGGUUCACCGUUUCGGGAGGUUAUUGUGGGCCUUGAAGUUGAACAUCGUCUCUGCGUACACGUUUGUAGCGUUUUUCUCGAUUGGGCUUGGGCCUAUAACGUGGGUGUACAGCUCUGAGAUAUUCCCGUUGAGACUUAGGGCUCAGGGAGCGAGCAUAGGCGUUGCGGUUAAUAGGAUCAUGAACGCAACGGUCUCUAUGAGUUUUCUGUCAAUAAUGAAGACGAUCACUAUGGGAGGUGUGUUCUUCAUGUUCGCUGGAAUCGCGGUUGUAGCGUGGUGGUUCUUCUUCUUUAUGUUGCCGGAGACGAAAGGAUUGCCAUUGGAAGAGAUUGAGAAACUUUUUGGUGGUGGAGAUGCUCGUGGUGCUCGCGAGGGAUUAGAGAUUCAAGCUAAGAGAGUCAAUAAUAAGAUUUGAUUAUAUCAUUGCAGUAGUAGAGUGAUAUGGCAUAUAUUUACUUUGUCAGCGUCAUUUGGCAUAUAUACUAUAUAUAAGGUGUGAUUUUAUAAGCAGAUAAAUCGUUCAAGAAUGUCUUUAUUGGGUCGUGAUAUAUCGCAUAAUUUCUUGUUCUUUGGGUUUAUAUCUUGUAUAGCAAGUUUAUAAUAUUCUCUU